GGCAAAUUGGCUCCGAAGGUCGCACACACAUCCGAGCAUGGAUCUCAACGGCCUCGAGCAUGUCCGCGUCGAAGCGUACGUCGAGAAGGGCGUCGUCAUGUACCGCCUCGCGCUCAUCUGCCCCGUCAUGGGCCAGUGGUGGGUCAUCUUGGCGCGCUACUCCAAGAUCCGCGCCUUCUACGACCGCCUCUGCAGCAUACACCUCACGUUGCAGUGGGAAAAGCACGCGUUCGUCGAGGCGCUCUCGACAGUCGUGCCCUCUGCUUGGUUCCCGCCGCGCCGCCUCUCGUCGUCCUCGUCCCGCGUCCAAAGUGAGCGCAUCCGUGGCUUCCGGGCCUUCUUUAUCAACUUGCUCAACACCAAGUUGCACCUCGCGUCGCGCCGGCAGUCGCACACAGUCGUGCGGGACCUUGUCAUCCUCGUGCAGACCUUUUUGCGCACGCCGUAUACCGAGGCUGCGGACGCGCCGCCGUUGACGCCGAUUGGCACCGCGCCCGAGAUGGACGACGACAACAUUCCGGUGGGCGUGCCGCUCACGGAAGCGCCGGCCAUUUCCGCGCUCUUCAACAACGACUGCACGAUCUGCCUCGUCGCCUUUACGCACGACGAGUUCCAGACCGCGGGCCACAUCGUCAAGACGUCGUGUGACCAUCUCUUCCAUGCGUCGUGCAUUGACAGCUGGAUUGGCCUUGCGAAGACGACGUGCCCGCUCUGUCGAGACAACAUUGCCCACAUCACUGGCUUGUACAAUGAUUAA